AUGCCACCGAUUACCGUCUUGCCGUGUGGUGUGUCUGUGCCUGUUCUGCCUUCGCCCUUGUUGGUCUCCGUCGUGCCCACGGUCGCCCGCCACCUUUUGCAUCCCACGGCAGGACUGAUGAAACAUGCGCGGCAAACGGCGUGUAUACAGCGAAUCUACGACAAAUUCACGCAGACCAUCCGUGCCCCCCCCCUUCGGCGGGGAGGCGUCGUUUGGGUUCUCCUCCCGUUCUCCCGCGACACCACUGACACGGGUUUCGCUACAGAAUCUCACACUGCAUGUACAAGAGCACAAAACACCAACAACAACAAGGGACAAUAG